AUGGAUGACCCGUUAACAAUUACCGAGAACGCGGCUAUCAUCGGAUUUGGAUUCGCAAAAGAUUACUACACUGUAUUGCGAAGGAAACCGCAAUGCGUGGAUGAAUUUUACGACGCUAUUGGCGAAUACAAGACGGUCUUUGAAGACGGAACGAUCGUCUUGGCCAGAACCCGGCAGGAGGCGAAAAAGGUUUUGUUGGGUCCCGUAUACGAGCCAAGGUUAAUCGUUAACUCGAUUAUUACGGUACCCUGUGGCGGAUCGCUUAACCGAAUGAUGAUCACCGUGAGCGGCAGGUCGUUCACGACAGUUUUUAUCACAGAGCUCCGUCCGGAACGACCGCUCACUUAUGUCAUUGUGUCGUCUUUGACUCGACAAUUCUCCGCCGCACCAGGCGCCAACCGGCAGACUAUGGAAAUGAGGUUCGCUGCAGGUGACGGUCCUGCUAACACGGGCGUCGAUCGCAUGGCAAUGGACGGUUUGAAACCGAAGGUUCAAGUAGGCUAUGCGCACAGUUUAACAACUCUCUGCACAACCGUCCCCGAGAUCACACAAUCCGAUAUCGCUGCCAAAAUCUUACAACACAUACUGCUCCACAUACCUCCACCAGAAAUCAUAAGCUCUGACAAACCCUCCUCUAAUAAUCACGCCACCAAAAACCUGCUACAAAGCAUUUUAAACAAUAUAUUACCCCACAUUCCUCCACCUGAAAUCGAACCUUCCUCUCCAAAUAUCGCUACCGGUAAUGUACAUCCUGAUUCGGCAGACAAAUUCCUACCACUGGAAAUCAUAAAACCUGUACCCAAUACCACCGAAGUUUCAAUCUUUCGCAAACCCCUGCCCGAUAACUUAAAUCAUAACAUGAAAUCAGGUAUCAAUAGCGAAAAACUUAUGCUCAGAAUCUUAACCCACACCUUCCUCUACAAACCUCUUCCUAUAGUCCAAAUCUCUCGCAACGUACCCUCCUCAUUGAAUACCGAAACUGGUUACACACAUUCCGUAGUGUCAAUUAAAAACCCACCUGCUAGAAUCCCCAGCCCCGUGUCCAGUCGAAUCACUUUUCGAUCUUUACUAUUAUACCACUAUUACGUGGGCCGUUAUGACAACGUAUAG